AUGUCGAAUGGGAAGUCGAAGCGAACAGUUUGGGUGGGGAAUUUGGAACCGAGAGUUACGGAAGAAAUCCUUUUCGAACUUUUUCUUCAAAUUGCUCCAUUGGAGGAUGUUACAAAGCCAAAAAACAAGAACUUUGCCUUCAUUCUCUUCACGCACAAAGAAAGCCCAGACUACGCCGUAAGAACCCUCAACAAAAUUUCCCUUUUUGGGCAAAAGAUUCAUGUUAAACUUCAUGAGAAGAAGCGGAAAAGAAAAUCGAGAGAGAUGGUGGAUCGACGAGUAGAAGAUUGCAGCCAAAGUCGUGGUCGGAAGAAAAACAGUCGACGAAGCUCUCCAAGCGGCUUUGAUGAUCGCGUCAACAACUCGUCUUCUCGCAAAGAUGAAAACGAAAACGACACUGGAGUCACUUGCACUGGUCCAGCCUCUGAGAGUGUCAACUUCAUCCAUGAUUUCAAUAAAACAGGGUUCAAUCGCAGUCUCCGCAAAACUCUAAAGAAAUUGAAUAUUCAAACUCCGACUCCUGUCCAAAGCGCUUCUAUCCCGGCGAUCAUGUUGAAGCGUGAUAUCAUAGCGUGCGCUCAUACCGGUUCAGGCAAGACUGCUGCCUAUCUCUUGCCCAUUGUUGACGAUUUGAUGAAGCAGAACAUCAAAGCCGAGUCCGCUGAGCGCCAAUUUCCCCAAGCUCUAAUCGUCUCUCCGGAUCGUACCGAAUGCCGCAUGAUCUACGAGCAGUGCUGCAUGUUCGCAAAGGGCACAGGAAUCAUGGCCCAGUGUCUCCAUAAAGGAAUGGAUAUUAAAUUCGCUCGCAAGAAAAUACAAGAAAACGGGUGCAACAUUCUGAUUGGAACGGCACAACGAGUAAAUGAUGUCUUGGAGAAAUUAGAUUUUCUUGAACUCGGCAAGCUUCAAUACUUCGUCAUUGAUGAAGCCGAACUCACGCUUGACGUGCGUUUUGGACCGAUUAAGAAGCUUCUUGUAACGGGUCGUGAAACGCCUGGUAAACGCCAAACACUCAUGUUUUCCGCCACCUUCUCCCCAAUUCUCCAACGAUUCGCCACCGAAUAUCUGGACUCGGAAACCUUGUUCAUUAAAGUGGAUUAA